CGACCAACACAAGGACCACGUCCAACACAAGGACCACAACCAACAGGCAACCCGCUCAAGGUCAGCCAAGGACAAGUUACCUUCAACGUGGAAGGAAACGACGAUAAAAAUAGUAGGUAUUUCAGUCGUAAGCCACACGUGCCUGGAGCAUGGUCCGGGGUGACGAUUGGAAGAGGGUAUGAUAUGAGUCAAAGAAGCUCUGACCAGAUUAAGAAAGAUCUUGUUGCCGCUGGGGUAGACGCCAAGACUGCUGACAAGUUCAAGAAUGCUGUUGGGUUGAAAGGAAAGAAGGCGCGAGAUUGGCUAAAGAAAAACAACUUGCAAGACUUCACUCUAACCCAUGAGCAACAGAAGAAACUGUUCGAGAAAGAUUACCCUAGGUACGUAUCCAAGGCAAAGAGACUCGUCGAGAAAUACAGCAAAGCCGGCGUGAAGUUCGAUUCCUUGAGCCAAGUUGCCAAAGACAUCGCGACGGACAUUAUGUAUCGGGGUGACUACUCCAUGAGCAGCAGGAACCCGGCCAAGAAGAAACGUUCUAAACGGAUUCAGAAGGUCUUGGACAGCAAGUCCCUUCAGAAGCUCAAAGACUUGAUGUCUGACAAGAAGUUCUGGGAUGCUGCAGGGGUUGACCCGAAUCGCUUCAAUGAAAGAAAGAAAGCUGUGGAAGCAGCUUGCAAAAAAGAUCCUAACUGCAAUUAGAACUGUGCAAAAUACAGUGUAACCUAGUUCUAUAUUACGGACACCUCACGAGCAGAUACUUAGGCCCCGUCAAUAUCCCCAUACAUUCUUUGUUUCAUAACUUCUAUAUUAAGGACACCUACAUAUUACGGACACCUCUUUCUGGCCCUUCAAUGUCUGUUUGUCAAAGAGGUUCCACAUUAAUGUAACUGCUAAAAUAAAACAUUUAAAAACUGA